AUGAAGACGUCUUUGGUUGCUCUGGCCGCUACUGCAGCCUCCGUCACAUCCGCGAUCAAGCUCGCACCACGUUCAGAGAACCCACGAGUUGUUGGCCUAGAUAUCAACAGGAGACACAUUGUCGAUCCUAUUGAGCACGACCGGAGGCGGUUUAUGAAGAGGCAGAAUGUUGUACAAGAGACAUUAGACAACGAGCUUACACUGUAUUAUGCCGACAUUACUUUGGGAACUCCAGGACAAGCAAUACAGGUUUCAGUCGACACUGGAAGCUCCGACCUAUGGGUCAAUUCUGGCAGCUCGAGCAUAUGUUCCACGCGACAAUGUCAAGGUGGCACCUACGACCGAUCCGCCUCUUCAAGCUCAAGAAUAAUCAACAAUGACUUUAAUAUCUCUUAUGUUGAUGGUUCUGGUGCUAUUGGGCCAUACGUUGGCGACACCAUGCAAUUUGCAGGUGUGACUCUGGACGACUUCCAGUUCGGUGUGGGCGACACAUCUUCGUCACAGAUGGGUGUCUUGGGUAUUGGUUAUGCAAUCAUCGAGGUGCAAGUCAACAGGGCUGGUGGUGACCCAUAUCCGAAUCUUCCUCUUGCGCUCCGAAACGAUGGCCACAUAAAUACAGCUGCCUAUUCUUUGUGGUUGAACGAUCUCGAUGCUUCGCAGGGUCAGAUCCUGUUUGGUGGUGUCAACACUGAGAAGUUUGAGGGUGAUCUGACCACUCUACCUGUUCUCGGUACCCAGGGCGGCAUAUAUUACGAGCUUGCAGUUGCGUUGUCAGGUGUCCAGCUCGGCGGACAAGAUAUGGCGGGUUCAGACACACUUCCUAUUGCAGUUGUGCUCGACUCAGGUACUUCGCUCAUGUACCUACCUGAUGCUAUCGUUGAGAAUAUUUACAAGCAAGUCAACGUUGUCCUUAACCAGGGAACAGCCUAUGCCUACUGCGACGAUGCAAAUUCUGAUCGACAACUAUCCUUCACCUUCUCGGGCAAGACUAUCAACGUCCCAAUGAACGAGCUCUACAUCUCCGUCGGCACCAACAGCCAAGGUCAACCUCUUACUUUCCAGAACGGCAGAGAAGCCUGCAUUUUCGGUAUCGCUCCCAGCGGCAGCAGCACUCCUUUGCUCGGCGAUACCUUCCUACGGUCCGCCUACGUCGUCUACGAUCUACAGAACAACGAGAUCUCAAUCGCACAGACCCGCUUCAACUCGACCACCGAUAAUAUUCAGGAGAUUGUCAACGGCACUACUCCUGUACCCGGUGCUGUUGCCGCCUCAACCACGAUCACCUCUGUCCGCAACAUCGCAACCACAGGAGCACGACUGGGCGCUGGUACCGCCACCGGUGGUCCAGGUUCUCUACCAACAGGUGCCGCGUCGUCAUUUGAGUUUCCUACCGUGCUUGGUGCCGCCGCUGCAGGUCUCGCUGCUAUGAUGCUGUAA